AUGGCCAUCCAAGUCAGCGCACAGUAUAUUGCAACUGGUGCAAAUCACUCUGCGUCAUGUUCCGCCGCUGCACCUGAUGGUAUCGUAGCUUAUGGAUCAGGCAAGCUCGUCAGUCUUUGGGAUACAGAGCACGAAUCUGGUGUCUAUGCCACUCUGGCUGGCCAUCCCGGAGAUGUCACCAAAAUAAAAUACCUUCAAGGGAGCAGCUCAGGAGAGAACAAGUUCGUCUCGGGAGAUACCACUGGACAGGUACGCGUUUGGCGAGAAACGACCAGGGGACAGUACUCCUGUGCUGUCACAUUUGAUGCGCAUGCCUCCGACUCCAUUUCUGCGCUGGGUAUCGGUCCAUCUGACAGUCCACUCGCAAAUCACAUUCUCGUCGGAUGUGCGGAUGGAUCGGUCAAACUGUGGAAGCUGGACGAAGAUCGUGUCACGAGCGUACAGAAGUUGGACAUCAAGGGCAAACUCCCUCUUGACUUUGAGAUGGCUCUAUUGCCAGGCUGUCAGAGUGUGGUCCUCGCGAUCGGCUGCACUGACAAGCGGAUCCAACUAUGGCUACACAACGAUUCGGAGUUUGAACUCGCUACAAUGUUAGAGGGCCACGAGAAUUGGAUCCGAGCUUUGUCAUUUACGACCGCUCCUGGCAUUCGCUCCCAAUCCGUUGAAUCAGCUGCUGUUGAAGAUUUGAUGCUCGCUUCUGGCAGUCAAGACCAUUAUAUACGACUCUGGAGAAUAUCAGCUACCUUGCCCCCGAAGACGGCUCGAGGGGGUCUUGAAGCACUUGACGAAUUGGAGGAAAAGCUCGGCGAAGGGUCGCUAUCAACGACUUCGCAUUUACUUCACGUCAAGCACAGAAAAGCAUCUCACUACUUCAACGUGACUCUUGAGGCUUUACUGAUCGGGCACGAAUCGGGAGUAACCAAUGUCCAUUGGCAUCCCGCACCUCCUUCCUCCAGCCAUUCCUCACCGAGACCUCUAUUGUCCACGUCCAUGGACAAUUCCAUGGUCAUCUGGGAGCCGUCCUCCGCCGGUAUCUGGGUUCCGGAACAUCGCUUUGGGUCAUUAGGCGGACACAAGAUGGGUCUUUUUGGUGGAUUAUGGGGAAAGAAAGGAAAGAGCGUUUGCUGUAGUGGUUGGACAGGAGGAUGGGAGAGAUGGAUAGAGGGCAAGCCUGGAGUCUGGGAUGUCAGAGCAGGAGUCACGGGUCACUUUGGAGAAGUCAAAUCUGUCACUUGGGAUCAGGAUGGAAACUACCUGCUUUCCGUAUCAUCCGAUCAGACGUCCCGUAUACACGCCUGUAUACCUUCAGAAGCUGGGCCCAGCACUUGGGCCGAAAUUGCGCGACCGCAGAUCCACGGUUAUGAUAUGACAGAUGUCUCAUUCAUCUCGCCAUUGAGAUUCAUCAGCACGGCAGACGAAAAGGUUGCGAGGGUAUUCGAUGCCCCUGGAGGUUUUGUCGAGUCCCUAGGAGCCAUGGGCAUAGUACAAAAUGUCGGAGAUACGACUAGUAGACCUCGAGGAGCCACUGUCCCGCCGUUGGGUCUUUCCAAUCGUGCCUUGGGCAAAGAGGCGAUGAUAUCCGAUCACCCAGCCCCAAGGGUUCCACAUGAAGCUCGUGAUGCUGUCUCGGAGACUCUUCGCUCAAAGCCAACGGAAGAAGUUCUGGCAAUGUCUACACUCUGGCCCGAGAUUGAGAAAGUCUACGGUCACGGCUACGAGCUCGUCAACGUCGCGACCUCUCAUGAUGGCAAAUUUGUUGCGACGGCUUGCAAAGCCAGUUCGGCAGAACAUGCUGUCGUACGGUUAAAUUCCACUGAAACAUGGGAUGAGUUCGGCCGUCCACUGGCCGGUCACACUUUGACAGUCACGCGGAUAGCCUUCAGAGAGGAUGAUGAGAUCAUCUUGACGUGUUCGAGGGACAGAGGAUGGACAAUGUUCAAGCGGGAUGCGCGAUGCUACAUACCUUGGGCGAAAGAGGAAAAGGCCCAUUCGAGGAUGAUUUUGGAUACCUGUUGGAUCGAUAAGCAUUCAUUUGCUACUGCGUCCAGGGACAAAACGGUCAAGAUCUGGAGAUUGACCGAAGAUGGCGCGACUCUUCAGAGCACGAUCAAACUUGAAGAAGGCGCUACGGCCGUGCACUGUGCUCGGGGACUCCUCGCCGUGGGCUUGGAAACGGGUAUCAUUGAGAUCUACCGGGUGUCAGAUGCGGAAAGUGAACCGAGUCUGAGGAUUAUGACUCAUAAGCUGCUCAGAAUAUCUCAUGUCGGUCCUCUUAACCGACUCUGUUGGAAUCCUCACAAACCUCUCCUGGCUAGUUGCAGUGAUGAUAAGAGUGUACGGAUAUUUGCGGUACAAUCACAUGCAUGA